AUCUUGAUUUUAACAUUUCACUUCCCCCCUCUUGAAAAUAUCAUCACGGUCGAGUAUUUAGGAUGCAAAUUGAACUACAAAUUAAAUUAACUGCCUUAAAAGUCAAGUUUGGUUUAUAUCUGUUUGAAUACGAAUAAGAAUGUUCAAGCUUCUUGUAUGUUUUUGUAUAACAAAUAUCAUCAUUGCAAUAAAGUCCCAGUGUUAUCAAGGUCAGUGGGAAUGUAAGGACUCUGCCUGUAUCCGAGACAUCAAACAAUGUAACGGAGAGUUUGAUUGUCGAGACCAAAGUGAUGAACUCGACUGUAAAAACUGUACAUCUGAUGCCUGGCCAUGUAAGAAAAACGACAAAUGCAUAAAAAAUAGUUUGCGAUGUGAUGGUACCAAGGACUGCCCCGACAACAGUGACGAAACAGACUGUGUAACUUGCUUACAAGGUGCUUACAGAUGUAACAAUAGUGAAUGUAUUAGGGAAUCCAACAGAUGUAACGGCUACAGAGAAUGCAGUGAUAACAGUGAUGAGCUCUCUUGUGAUAUUUGCAAGUUUUCCGGCUUUAGAUGUGACGAUAGGGAAUGCAUAUUGGCGAGCUACAGAUGUAACGGCAAGAUAGACUGCCGCGACAGCAGUGAUGAAAAAGAUUGCGACAUCUGCAAAGGUCAAUCAUGGAAAUGCAAUACCAAUCAAUGUAUAUCUAGAAAUCAAAUAUGUGAUGGUAAAGAAGAUUGUGAGGACAAAAGUGACGAAACAAUAUGUAUAUGUUCUGAUCAGCAAGUGAAAUGCGACAAUAAAAUAUGUAUUCAUGCAAGCCAAGUCUGUGAUGGUAUAAACAACUGUUACGACAAUAGUGAUGAAAAAAACUGCAGAACACCAUGUAACAAAUUAGAGUGGACAUGUCACUCAGGUCAGUGUAUCGAAACAGGACUACGGUGUGAUGGAACUGCUCAUUGCUCAGACAAAAGCGAUGAAAUUGAUUGCUUUUGCUCAGAGGCAAAGUUCAAUCUUGUAAUAGCGCUUGAAUCUUCAGAAAGUCAAUUCCUCAAACUUUUUCUACAAGACUUACUGAGAGAUAUCGCAAUCAACAGUAAAAACGUCAGAGUUGGCAUCAUGGGAUAUGGCGAUCAGGCGGUGACCAUUUUUCAACUUAGCACAACGGCUCGAAAAGUUGACAUGCUUGACGCAGUUACCAACUUUAAAUGGAGCUUCCCCCACAAUGCCAACUACGAGGCUGCCUUUAGUAACAUCCUUGUGAUGUCAACUCCUGAUGAUAACGACAAACGCCAAAAUCUACAGACCAUUCUCAUUUUUACGACAUCCACUUUAGACGAGUCGAAUUACUUGAGUGCAGCAAAGGGAGCUAAAUUAGUCCAAGAGAAUGGAGUGAAGAUAGUGGCUAUUGGAGUUAGUUUAAAGAAUGAGACUUAUUUAGACUUGAUAGCAAGUCCUCCAGCAGACGAAAACACAUUGGCUGUUCAAUAUUUUGAAGAUUUACAUCUCGAAGCACGUAAAUUGGUGUCAUGGCUUUGCCCAAAAGAUCAGUUAUUAAAAGGUGUGCCCCAAAAUAACUUGACCACGUCUACAACAGAUAAAGAAACUACAAAUAGCACCAACCUUACGGACCUGAUCAUUGUUCUUAUAGUCAGUUUAGUUGUGAUAAUCAUUGUAUUGGUGUUGACCAUUGUGUCCAUCAAGCUCAAACUUUUAGAAAAAUUGGGUUGUUUUUCUUCAAGAAAGUCCACUAAUGCAAAGAAAAAGAAAGAAGACUAUCUGGACAUUGACCAUUAUGACUAUCUGCUGCAGGAGAAGAGAAACUCAGACAGCAAAAUCACACAAGAACUGAAGAAUGAAACUGUACAGAAAAGUGAGAUCAAGGAAUUGAAGGAAACUUUUAGUGAUGGGUCAGAAGACGAUAAAGAAGGAAAGUAUCUUAGCCUUCACAAUGAUCACGUUGAUGUCUUGGACUCGGGAAAGGAGACCAAGACAGGAUCAGGAUACAUCACAGCCAUUGACGUGGUCUACGAGCAAAACACUGCAAAUGUUGGUACAAAAGAUUACGAAGAGCUGGAGCAAGCUACAUUGGAGGAGAAUGUUUAUCAUGUGCCAAUAUCGGGCUCUCUAGAGAGCAUUAAUCUCGACUUGUGAGUUACCAUUUCAAUACAUUUAUGAUCUCACACAGACAAAAUAUGAAAGUAAACCUGAUCAGUGUUGACAAUGGAAUUUUUUUUAAAAACUGUUUUACUUUAAAUUUAUACAAGAUUUUUUAAAAAUUUGCUUUUAUAUAGCGCAUCUUUCAAUCAAGCAUGCUCAGUGCGCUAUGGACCAAUCUCUUUUGGGGACCAAUGGUGGGAGGAGUAUCUGAAAGGAAGUUUCUGAGCUGCCUUUAGGGCACUCUGCAAACACAACUAUGCUUGAGUCAGGAUUUAAACUUGAGCCUGCUUGUUAAGGAGCCAAGCCAUGCAGUUUUGGCCUCAGCCACACAUAUAUCAAAUGGGCAUAAUCUCUUUAAUAAUUUUGUAUGACUAGGUCACACAAUAUCAAAAUUUGUGCUGUUUGUUAGUUCCAAAAUAAAACAGUAAUUUCAAUCGCAAUUUCACACUUUACAUAUUUUUUAAAAAUUUAUUUUCAGUUUUAAUGAGAUAUGUUUACAAUUAAAUUAAACUAAUAUGCCAAUAAAAAAACGUUAGCACUCGAAAAAAAAA